AUGCUUUCCCCUCAGAGGGCUUUACUCUGCAACCUCAACCAUAUCCACCUCCAGCACGUCUCCCUGGGCCUGCAUUUGUCCCGCCGUCCUGAGUUACGAGAAGGCCCCUUGAGCACACCUCCUCCCCCGGGGGAUACCGGGGGCAAGGAGAGCCGGGGCCCCUGCAGCGGGACCUUGGUGGAUGCCAAUUCCAACAGCCCUGCAGUGCCCUGCCGCUGCUGUCAAGAGCAUGGGCCGGGUUUAGAGAACCAGCAGGAUCUCUUGCAGGAGGAAGAGGGGGCUGCGUCUCCGUCGGACCCUGGUUGCUCCUCUUCUCUCAGCUCCUGCUCAGAUCUCAGCCCUGAUGAGUCCCCAGUUUCCGUUUACUCACGGGACCUCCCUGACAAUCAGGAUGCCCGCCCUCAGCCCGGCACAAUCCCGGUGGAGCAGGGAUCCCCGCAAGCUUCAGCAGGCCCUGCAGCCUGCUCCCCGGACAGCUUCUGCUGCUCCCCUGAUUCCUGCUCGGGAGCGUCUUCGCCAGGACCUGGCCUGGAUUCUAACUGCAAUGCCUUGACCACUAGCCAGGACCUCCCUUCUCCAGGGCUGGAAGAAGAGGAUGAGGGCGGGGAGCAGGAUCUCCCUACAUACGAGCUCCCAGAGGCGGAUGAUGGCAAAAUCGACGCAGGACAAACGGAGCCUAGUUGGAAAAUCAAUCCCAUUUGGAAAAUUGACACGGAGAAAACAGAGGCUGGCUGGAAGAUCACGGAAAACAAUAACUCUGAUUGGAAAACCAAUGCGAAUAUUAACUCCAGCUGGAAAACGGAACCUGGAAAACUCGACUCCAGUUGCAAAACCAAUGCGGGCGUAAGUGAUUCUGGCUCCAAAACAGAUGCAGGGAAAACUGAUGGGGGAUGGAGAAGUGACGUCAGCGAGGAGCCGGUGCCACACCGGACAAUCACAUCCUUCCACGAGCUGGCCCAGAAGCGCAAGCGGGGCCCGGGGCUGCCCCUCGUGCCGCAGGCCAAGAAAGACCGCAGCGACUGGCUCAUCGUCUUCUCGCCAGACACUGAGCUGCCCCCUACCGGGUCGCUGGGCGGUUCCCAGGCACCUCUCCGGGAGGUUACCACCUUCAAGGAACUCCGGUCCCGAAGUCGGGCUCCGCCUCCUCCAGUGCCUCCCCGAGACCCCCCAGCUGGCUGGGCUUUGGUCCCGCCCCGGCCCCCACCUCCACCUGUCCCUCCGCGGAGGAAGAAGAACCGACUAGGGCUGCAAGAGCUGCAGCCCAUAGCGGAGGGGCAGCCGGAAGAAGGCAGGGCGGGCAGCCCAGCUGCAGGCCAGGAAGCCCCAGCUGCGAAGGAGCCCGAGGAAGCCAGCGCGCAGGCCAGCCUCGAGGCCAGUCCCCUCUUGCUCCCUCCGCCCCUGGUUUUCCGGUUCUCGGCCGACGGGCGCCCCCUGUUGGAGGGUGGGGACGCGGGUGCGGCGGGGUCUCUGUUCUUGGCACCUCUGGCCGGCUGGCCCGGCGCUGGGCUGCGGCUGCUGGGGGCGUCAAGCCCCCUAGAAGAACAGUUGCUCCCUGUCCGCCUGUCCCCGGUGGGAGCCUAUUCGCCUCCGGCUCGGGGGGCCCUGCCCUGCCUGGCCAGCCCCGAGCUGGCAUUGCUGCUGUCCCCGCUCUUUCCCAGAAGUAGCACCUUCCCUGCCGCGGCUCCCCCACCCCGCCAGGUACCCGCCCCCCGGCUGCCACAGCCACCUCGUCCGCCGAAGGCCCCUCGCUGGAUCCGGAGCCCACCGCCUCCGCCCAGGCUACUCCGUAGUUCCUGGUCGUUCGCCGGAGUCCCCGGGGCCCAGCGGCUGUGGAUGGCAGAAGCCCAGAGUGGGACUGGCCAGUUGCAGGAGCAGAAGAAAGGUCUCCUGAUAGCCGUCAGCGCCUCAGUGGAUAAAAUAAUCUCACACUUUGGGGCUGCCCGGAACCUGGUUCAGAAGGCUCAGUUGGGAGACAGCCGGCUGAGCCCAGAUGUGGGGCACCUGGUGCUGACCACCCUUUGUCCUGCCCUGCACGCCCUGGUGGCCGAUGGACUGAAGCCUUUUCGGAAGGACCUCAUCACUGGGCAGCGCAGGAGCAGCCCCUGGAGCGUUGUGGAGGCAUCAGUGAAACCAGGCUCCAGCACUCGCUCCCUGGGAACCCUGUAUAGCCAGAUCAGCCGUCUGGCCCCGCUGAGCAGCAGCCGCAGCCGCUUCCAUGCCUUCAUCCUGGGCCUCCUCAACACUAAGCAGUUGGAACUCUGGUUUUCCAGUCUCCAGGAAGAUGCAGGCCUGCUGUCCCUCCUGUACCUGCCAACGGGAUUCUUCUCCCUGGCCCGGGGUGGCUGUCCCUCCUUGUCCACCGAGCUGUUGCUCCUGUUGCAGCCAUUGUCAGUGCUCACCUUUCACUUGGACCUGCUCUUCGAGCACCACCAUCACCUGCCCCUGGGCCCGCCUCAGGUCCCUGCACCACCAAGUCCCCCUCCCGCUCUACAGCAGACAGUGCAGGCCCUGCUACACUGGGGGGGCCGGCUGGCACAGAGCCUCCGGGGAAGUUCCGAGGAGGCUCCUCUGGGCCCUGCAGCCCCCUCAAGCCACACAUCUUCCCCAAGCCCCACAUCUUCCCAAAGUCCAUCAUUCCACCCAGAUCCUCCUGCGUUGGGCAGCUGGUGGGAGCAGCUGACUCAGGCCUCCAGAGUCUAUGCCUCUGGGGGUGUGGAGGGCUUCGCCCUUCCCCGAUGGGGGCCCAGGCGCCAUGGGGCUGCAGCUGAGGGCGGACAAGAGAGACCCUUGCCCACAGAAGCAGCAGCCUCAGGCAGAGGUGUGUGGCUGGGGCGACUGUUUGGGGUGCCUGGAGGAGGCCCCAUGGAGACGGAGAAUGCAGCCCUCAAGUCCAGGAGACCGUCCAGUUGGUUGCCUCCCACAGUGAGUGUGUUUGCUCUGGUCAAACGAGGGGCACCUCCUGAGACACCUUCGCCACCUGAAGAGCUUGAAGUCUCACCUCCCAGCCCAGUGCAGGCCCACAGGGCAGUCCGGGCUCUUUGUGACCACACUGCUGCGGGACCAGACCAGCUGAGCUUCCAGCGUGGGGACGUGCUGCGUGUCAUCUCCACGGUGGACGAAGACUGGCUCUGCUGUGGGCGGGAUGGAGUGGAGGGGCUAGUGCCUGUGGGGUACACCUCCCUUGUACUGUAG